UUGAAUGAAUGAGCUGAAUAGGCUAUCAGCCAUAAGCUCCCUUGCUGCACAUUUGUGAGCAAGUAAAAAUACUUCUUGCACCUUGCUUCAUUGUUAUGCUCUCUGUUCUCUUCUUUUGCUGCUGCCAAAUGUUCCAACAAACUUGAGGUGCUCUCUCUCUCAGAUAAUGCUUUGUUAUCAUUCACCAGUGCAAGCAAUGCCAAUUACUCUUUGUCUAAUCUUGCGAGAUUAGAACUCUCUUCUUGCAACAUCAGCGAAUUUCCAAAUUUUGUAAGGAAUCUAGAAGGUUUGACCGAUCUAGACCUUUCUUACAAUAGAUUUCAUGUUAUCGAGGCAGAUAUGUUUCUAAAGCUUAAAGGCCUUAAAGUCUUGGAUCUUUCACACAACAUUCCGCUGUCUGUGCGCGACAAUAGCGAGGUUGAUCUUGUUUUGCCCAUUCUUAAUAGUUUGUUGUUAUCUUCUUGUAAUAUAACAGAAUUAUCAAAUUUCUUAACAACGCAAGAGAGUUUGGAAGUUUUAGACCUUUCAAACAACAACAUUCAAGGCCAAAUUACAGAACAAGAAAACAAUUGGGGAAGCAACCUACUGACUCUUGAUCUCUCUAACAAUUUGUUGACAGCUCUAGAAUAUUAUCCAUGGAAGAGUAUUCAAGUUCUUGUGCUUGGCUCUAACCUGCUAGAAGGGCCACUUCUAGCACCACCACCUUCCACGAUGGUUUUCAUAAUCUCAAACAACAGAUUAAAUGGAGAAAUUCCAUCUUCGAGAUGCAAUCCAGAGAGUUCGAAUUUCAUUGUUUAUCUCGACUUGUCCUAUAACAACUUGAGUGGAGCAAUCUGAAAAUGCCUGGGCUUCAGACAACUUUCAAUUUCGGAGUUGCAGAUGAAUAAUUUUCAUGGAAACAUCCCUGAUUUUUGUGUUGAGAGAGAUCCCAAGUUACGAAUACUUAACCUCAACAACAAAGAUUUUGAUGGGCCAUUACCUAAAUCCUUGGCCAAUUGUCUUCGUUUAGAAGUGUUGAAUCUUGGAAACAACAUGAUAAAUGACACAUUCCACACUGGUUGGGAGAUCUUCCUUGGCUACGAGUUCUUGUGUUGCAAUCCAACUAUUUUCAUGGCCAGAUAGCCCAUUCUGCAAAUGAGUCAUAUUUCUCGACUCUGCAAAUUUUAGACCUCUCGCAUAAUAAGUUCUCUGGUUUUCUGCCAACAACAUACUUCACAAAUGUCAAAGGUGUGGACAUCAUGCUUGAGGGAAUUCUCAUGGAUAUGUCGAGCAACAGAUUCGAAGGAACAAUUCCAGAAACAGUUGGAAACCUUAUUUCUCUCGAUGUGCUCAACUUCUCUCAUAAUCACUUAACUGGUCAUAUUCCUUCAUCAUUAGGGAAUCUGGCAGCACUGGAGUCACUAGAUCUCUCUUGCAACAAGCUUGUUGGGGAGAUUCCUUCAGAGUUGACUGAUCUGAAUUUUCUCGAAGUGAUAAACCUGUCAGAGAACCAGCUCGUUGGGCUCAUACCUCAGGGAAAACAAUUUAACACCUUUCUCAACGAUUCCUACGUUGGCAAUACAGGGUUGUGUGGGUUUCCCGUGUCAAAAAGCUGUGGCCGUGGUGAUCCACCACCAGCAAUUUUGGAAGAAGAGGAAGUUAAUUCUGCAUUUGGAUUGGAUUGGAAAUUUGUAAUGAUGGGUUAUGGAUGUGGAUUGGUUUUUGGAUUUUCAGCUGGAUACAUCAUGAUGACAAUUCGGAGACCAAAAUGGCUUGUUGGGAUGGUUCAACUAGCAGGGAACAGAGUCCUGAGGAGAAUCAAGAAAAAUCAUUGAGGAAGAUGGCAUUUGAGAGGUCAGAUGUUUGCUCAUCGAUGGCUGGCUGGUUGAACACUUUUUUUAUAGAAUAUCUCUCGCUUGCUCCCAUUAUUUUAGAUUUAAGAGUUUAUUUUAUAUUUGUAUUAUCUUGUUUUGUUUAGGUUUUUGUCCAUGUGUUAAAUGGAAUUGAAUGGAAUGAUGUUCUCUAAAUUAAAAA